UCCCUCUCUUCUUCUUCCCCAUCCUCUUAUCCUUCCCCGUCAUCCUCUCUCUCUGGUCGCCGACAUGCCCUAUGGCCCCGUCCUGCUUCACCUCACUUCGAAGAACGACGGCGAGAUCUGGUUGGAGCCCUCCUCCGCGCGUUGGCUCGAUGGUGAGAUCCAACCGGUCCUCGGCCUUCUCCCACUGGGACACGCGCUCCCCGCGGAUCUGUUCCCGACGACGGGAGCUCCGGCAGAAGUGGCGGGCCGUGGUGGUGCAUCUCAGGUGCGGCCCUGGCGGCGCUCGUGCUCGCGGAGGCGACCGCACCGGCGUGGCGCCCCUCGCCUCCCCGCCGCCUGGCGCCGGCUGAAUCCGAUGCCAUCUGCGCCCGUCGCCCCCUCCCCGCGCGCGCCGUGGUGGAGCGCCCUGGCCGCGCUCGUGCUCGCGGUGGCGACCGCACCGGCGUGGCGCCCCUCGCCUCCCCGCCGCCUGGCGCCGGCCGAAUCCGAGGCCAUCUGGGCCCGCCGCCCCCUCCCCGCGCGCGCCGUGGUGGAGCGCCCUGGCCGCGCCCGUGCUCACGGCGGCGACAGCACCGGUGUGGCGCCCUUGUCGUAGCUCGUCCAUGGCCGGCGCAGAGGCGCUGCAGGCGGGCUUGUGCAGAGGCAACAACAUGGGGCUCUCGUCGGCGGCCUAGAUCGUGGAUGGCGGACGUUGAUUAGGACUAGUUUUCGCCACAUCAGCCCAUACAUGUGGGUCCCACCCAUCACUUUUGCUAUUAACGCGACUCAGUUUCGAAUUAGUGCAUUUUGUUACUCACUUGCCGUGGAACCGGUGCUUUUUUGUGAGCUUUGGUAAAAGCGGUAGUUUUGGAGUAGCCUAGCUGCGAAUGUGAUGGCUUUGAGCAAUUUACUCUCAAUGGAAGGAUGCCUCUACAGAAACAGCUGCGCGAACUAAACAAAUCAAGUUCAACACGAGAGACACGUUAGAUCCCAUCUUCUACACCUUCCUCCAGGGAUCGACGCUUGGACAUCAUCUUCCUCCAAUAGUUACAAGCGCCCCAAUCUCCUACGUUGGCACUUCAACUGUCAUCGGCUCUGUGAAGUGAUCACACCACCCCCAAUAAGUACCAUGUGCACAUAAUAAGAGGUCAAACUACCUCCAGUGUAUCACCUGCACAAAUUUACAUAAUUUGCAUAAUUCUUGUGUAUGGCAUUGAUGGAUUUGUCACAUAUCAUUGAAGAAAUGGAUCAACAGUACUUUAAUACUCAAUGCAGUAUUCAUCUAAAGAGUUUUCAUAUGCUAACUCACAAGGUGGAUCAAAUAUGCAAUCCAAAAAGGUAACUAUUACGUAACUGAUCUUGCAUUUUUCAUAGCAGUACAUACAAAAUCAAUAGAACGACUACCCACCCAUUAAUAGACAUACUCACAUACACAUAAAAAAAUCAUUCCAAUCCAGCUACUAUUAUUAGAGGCAUGCAUGAUCUUCAAGAUUGUUACACAAGGUGAUCAACACUAUCCUCACAACUAACUUGCAGGUAGUAUAUUAAGUUUUAUACCUCCAGGAACUAAAGAAAAAAUUAGAGAGUACUCCAUCUACAUAAUCAGGACCUUCA